AUCUGCUUUCCCGUUUCGUCAGUGAUGCAUAGUGUUCUUGCCUUUUCCCUACAUGGCAUGUUUUCACUCUAUCGCCCGUAUGUGGCACGCUGACUAAUUUCAUCGCCUAAAUUCGCCGUGGCAUAUUUCUUCAAGAUUACUUAUAUUUUAGGCUACUGGUCGCACCGUAACCUUACGGAUAAGAAACACAUUUUGUGGGCAAUUCGCAAUCUGGAGAACCGCACACGGAGUAGGCGAGUGCCCUCUGCUCCUUCAAGGCGAUUCACGUCAUGACCUCUCUACACCACGCUUCCUAAAUUUGCUAAAUGGGAUUUGCCUUGCGGAUUCUGGAUUCCUUCAAGCAGUUCGAUAUCGGUUGUUAAUCCGUUAGCUAAUGAGGACAGCUGCAAGGAUUUGAUACGGACGGGUCUCUCCACAACGCGUCCGUGAUUUGGAGCAAACCGCGAGACCCUUCAAAGGCCUGCGGAUGGGGGCGGGCAAGAGCAAGCCCAAGGAGCCGGGCCAGCGCUCCAUGAGUCUGGACGGCACCAUCGGCACAGGCUCCGACAGCGGCCACUUCCACCACCUCAGCCCCGCCCAGCAGACCCAGACCCCCAACAGGAGCCCUGCCGUGGGGGGAGGCAGGCGAGGACCCCAGCACCAGCACGCCCCCACCAACACCCCUGUGCUGGCUCUGUUUGGAGGGGUGGACCACAUGGGCGGCAUCACAUCCCCCCACAGAGGGCCUCUGGCUGGAGGUGUCACUACGUUUGUGGCUCUCUACGACUAUGAGUCACGAACAGCUUCUGAUCUGACCUUCCAGAAAGGCGAGCGGCUGCAGAUCGUCAACAACACGAGAAAGUACAGCUUCAGGGAAGGGGACUGGUGGCUCGCUCGCUCUCUGACCACAGGAGAGAGUGGUUACAUUCCCAGCAACUAUGUGGCUCCGUCUGACUCCAUCCAGGCAGAAGAGUGGUACUUUGGGAAGAUAACGAGGCGGGACUCCGAGAGACUGCUGCUGAGUGUGCAGAACAGACGAGGAACCUUCCUGGUCCGGGAGAGCGAGACCACUAAAGGGGCCUACUGUCUGUCUGUGCUGGACUAUGACAACACUAAAGGCCUGAAUGUCAAACACUACAAGAUCCGCAAGCUGGACAGCGGAGGCUUCUACAUCACCUCCAGGACCCAGUUCAGUAGCUUACAGCAGCUGGUCUUUCACUACCGCAAGCACUCGGACGGCCUGUGCCACGCCCUGACGGAGGUGUGCCCCGUGUCCAAGCCCCAGACCCAGGGCCUGGCACGGGAUGCCUGGGAGAUCCCCCGGGAGUCCCUCCGCCUGGACCUCAAGCUGGGCCAGGGCUGCUUCGGAGAGGUCUGGAUGGGCACGUGGAACGGCGUGACGCAGGUGGCCAUCAAGACCCUGAAGCCUGGCACCAUGUCCCCCGAGGCCUUCCUGCAGGAGGCUCAGGUCAUGAAGAAGCUGCGGCACGAGAAGCUGGUGCAGCUCUACGCCGUGGUGUCGGAGGAGCCCAUCUACAUUGUCACCGAGUACAUGAGCCAAGGCAGCCUGCUGGACUUCCUGAAGGGUGAUGCAGGGAAGAUGCUGCGUCUGCCCCAGCUGGUGGACAUGGCCUCUCAGAUAGCUGCAGGGAUGGCCUACGUAGAGAGGAUGAACUACGUCCACAGAGACCUGCGUGCUGCCAACAUCCUGGUGGGGGACAGCCUGGCGUGUAAGGUGGCUGACUUUGGCCUGGCGCGCCUCAUAGAGGACAACGAGUACACCGCUCGGCAGGGAGCAAAGUUUCCCAUCAAGUGGACGGCUCCAGAGGCGGCUCUGUACGGACGCUUCACCAUCAAGUCAGACGUGUGGUCAUUUGGCGUGCUCCUCACAGAGCUGGCCACCAAGGGCAGAGUGCCUUACCCAGGCAUGGUGAACCGGGAGGUGCUGGACCAGGUGGAGCGAGGCUACAGGAUGCCCUGCCCGGCUGAGUGCCCUGGCUCCAUGCACGACCUGAUGCUGUCCUGCUGGAGGAAGGACGCCGAGGAGAGACCCACCUUCGAAUACCUCCAGGGCUUCCUGGAAGACUACUUCACCUCCACGGAGCCCCAGUACCAGCCCGGGGAGAACCUAUAGACACCACGACACACUAAGAGCCCACAGAACACUUAGAAGCUACAGAACACUUAGAAGAAUCACACAGAACACUUAGAACCCCUACAGAUCUCAUCAGCUCUUAAAUAACCUAUUAGAACCUAUAUGACCACAGGGAGUGUGUAUUGCACUUAAAACCUGCGGAUCCUUUGCCUGUAACAGACUUUAAAGAAUCUACAGAACCUGCAGAAGAACCUCCUGCUCCCGUUGAGGUCCCAGUAGGUUCUAGUAGGUUCUAAUGGUUCAGCUUAGGGUUGACGCAAGUGGCAUUGAUCUAGGUUCUUUAGGAGUAGAAGAAAGGGAAUCACAGAGUAGAUGUAAGAGAGAAUGUGAGAAGAAUGAAGAUAUCAUAGUUGGACAGCUAUUCAAAGCUCCUUCCUCCAUCCCUCCCCCCUCCUUCCUGCCUUCCUUCCUUCCUUCCAUCUCUCUUCCUCGCUGUCUCUCAUGUCUCCAACUGUUCCUGCUGACGAGCACUCCCACCGUGGCACAGGUGCCAAAGGAACGUGUGUGUCUGUAUGUCUGUAUGUAUGUAUGUCUGUCUGUCUGUCUGGGCUGUCCUUUGCCUGCCUGUCCUUCACUCUCUCUCUGGCUCUCUCUCUGGCUCUCUCUCUGGCUCUCUCUCUGGCUCUCUCUCUGGCUCUCUCUCUGGCUCUCUCUCUGGCUCUCUCUCUCUCUCUCUCUCUCUCUCUCUCUCUCUCUCUCUCUCUCUCUCUCUCUGUGUCUCUCUCUCUCUCUCUCUCUCUCUCUCUCUCUCUCUGUGUCUCUCUCAGUAUUUUCAAGUGCUUCUUCCUCCAAGAGCGUCAAACAACUCUGGAACUCUUCUGUCUUUAUGUGAUGUAUAUUUAUGUCUUUCUGUUCUCAUUGCUGAUGUAACCAUGGUAACAGUGGGCUGUAACCCUGUCAAUCCUGGUGGAACUGGAGUACUGUGUUAUUAGGAGUGCGAUGUGGACCGUACAGGUCAAUACAACUGUGUACCUUUUGUGGUUGGAAUAAUCAUUAUUGACUUGAAGAAGAGGUGAAUUGGUAAGGUGUUAUGUUUCAAAUACUGUUCGAACAUGCUGUCAAAACACUUAAGGUGCACUUGAUUUAGGUUAGCUCGGGCAACGACACCAAAUGAAGUGUCGAGAGUCGGGUACAGGAUGUUAACUGAGAUGAAUCAAACAUACCUCAGUCUGACCUAAGAGUCUGCUAGGUAGAGUGAAGGAGCAGGCAGCUGAAGUUAAUGUCUAACCUCCAUGGGGUAUAGAACACAUGAAAGGACCCCCUUGCGCCAUGUCACACUGCAGGUCAUGACUGACCUGUAAUAGUCGCCCUUUGCCUGAGUGCUUUAAAAGCACUGGAGAAAAGUCUGAGCCUCAAACAGACCAACCAAACACAUAGUCAAUAGCUAUUUCUAUACUUAUAUAGCAUGCCAAUGUCAUUUUUACUCCAGAGGUGCUCUAGUUGACCAUUGGCUAGAUUGUGUCUGUUCUGCUAAGCCCAAAGUAGAUCUAAGUAAAUCUGGGUCUAAAAAGGCCGUUUGAAUGGAAAGUCUCCAUUCACCAGUGCCAGAGAAAGUGUCUCCCAGACCCAGACCACUGGAGGGAGAAGUCUGGGCCUUGAAGACCCACUGGUCCUGUUCCCAUCACAGCCCCUCAGCCAAGGGCUCUCCUCCCUCAGCUCUCCUCCGUCAGCUCCCUCCCCCCUACAUCCACCUCUCUCUCAAUGGAACUCCCAAGAACACAUUUGAUUGGCUUAAGCAAAGUGGCUGCUCCGUCACACUGGGCCCUGCUUGCAUGUGGGCAGGGCCUGAAAGACCUGUGCCAUACAGCAAUAAUAAGAGGGAGGAGACGAGAGGUUGUCAUGGUGAUGAAUUCACUCUGUACAGUCCAUGAACAGAAGCCAAAACAGUGCUCACUAUCUUGAUGAUGAUGAUGAUCAUGGAGGAGGAGGAAGAUGUAUUGAAGAAGGUGCACAGUGUUUUUGUAAUGAAAUCAUUGGAUGAUAAUCUUAAGUGUACAUAUGUUUGCAACAAAUGACUGUGACUAUCAUGUAAUUUGUUUGUAUAGUUUUUUUCCUUCUUAAACCUUAAAUCUAAGGUUUUUUUUAGGGGCACGCUUUCCAUCCAACGUGCGAUGAUGAUGGAAAUACUGUAAACUGGGCGGGCCAACAUGUUUUUUACAUUCAUGUAAUUGACUAAUAAUAAUAUUGUGAUAGAUCUACAGUUUUCUAUCUUGUCGGCCAUGGGUUUGCAUAGCUACAAGCCCAAACUCAGACCUGUAAAACGAGGCACAUGCUCUUCUCAGCUUUAGGUUGCCAAGCAGGAGUAAGUCGUUUGACUGUCAAACCAGAGGGACACUCUGCCACACUGUCACAGAAUGGGAAUCUCCCUCAACAUUUUCUGGUUACAAAUUAACUCUAGUCCCAGGCCUUUAGGCCCUGUCAGGGUUAGAACUCCAUAUAACAUAAGGACCGGAACCUCUGAGGGAAUCAAUCCGGAGACCCAAAGGGUGAAGCCAAGAACUCAUCAGAAACCGUGAGCAGAGCGCCUGGCUCAGAGCACCAGGCUCAGAGUGGUCACUUCAGCCUUGCGGCCGUUUCAUAAACCUAUGCAGUUUCUGGUCCCUCAAACUUUUUCAUUCUCAAAACAAUUUACAAAAAAACUGACAAUGAUAUAAAAAAAGGAAGAUCUAAGAAUUUUGUAACAAAUUCUUUUCAAAAUCUUCUUUUCUUUGGUGUAACAAGAUUAAAAUGGAAAUGGGUAUUGUGCCACUUCAUGUUUAUCUUUAAAUGUGCAAUAAAUUAUAUUUCAAGAGUGUU